CCUCGGAGCAGACGGACGCGCCUGGUGGCCCUGGGAGGGGCGCCACCAGGGCAGGAGGAGGAGAGGUUGAGGGGAAGAGACGCCCUCUCUGCCUGAGGUCUCUCGAGGAUCUGACCUCAGGGCCUAGGUGACUGAUACAAGAGGGAGGCCAAGCUUCUCCACCUGGGCUGCCUGAAGAGGCCGCGACCCUGGAGGGCCCUGAGCCCACCGCACCAGGGGCCCCAGCACCACCCCGGGGGCGUAAAGCGACAGUCUCAGAGACCACUGCAAGGUUUCCAGUUGCCUAGACAACGAGCCCGGGUCAGAGCAACAACCCUUCCAGCCACCAGCCUCAACUGCUGCCUCAGGCACCAGUCCCACUCUGUGCGUGCUUGCCAGCCCAGGUGACAUGCCGGUGCUCUCCACCCCCCGGCCCUCGCGGGUCACCACACUGAAGCGCACCGCUGUGGCCCUGGCCAUCACAGCCUAUGGAGUCCACAAAAUCUACCCACUGGUGCGGCAGUGCCUGGCUCCAGCCAGGGGCCCUCAGGUCCCGGUGGAGGAACCCACACAGGAGACCUCCGGGGCCACAGGGGCCAAGGCCGGCAUGAACCAGGUAUUCCUGCAGCGACUGCUGUGGCUGCUGCGGCUGCUGUUUCCCCGGGUGCUGUGCCGGGAGACGGGGCUACUGGCGCUGCACUCGGCCGCCCUGGUGAGCCGGACUUUCCUGUCGGUGUAUGUGGCCCGCCUGGACGGACGGCUGGCCCGCUGCAUCGUGCGCAAGGACCCACGGGCCUUCAGCUGGCAGCUGCUGCAGUGGCUCCUCAUCGCCCUCCCCGCCACCUUCAUCAAUAGUGCCAUCCGCUACCUGGAGGGCCAGCUGGCCCUGUCUUUCCGCAGCCGUCUGGUGGCCCACGCCUACAGCCUCUACUUCUCCCAGCAGACCUACUACCGAGUCAGCAACAUGGACGGGCGGCUUCGCAACCCUGACCAGUCUCUGACAGAGGAUGUGGUGGCCUUUGCUGCCUCUGUGGCCCACCUCUACUCCAAUCUGACCAAGCCGCUCCUGGACGUGGCCGUGACCUCCUACACCCUGCUUCGAGCAGCACGCUCCCGCGGGGCCGGCACAGCCUGGCCCUCAGCCAUUGCCGGCCUUGUGGUGUUCCUCACGGCCAACGUGCUGCGGGCCUUCUCACCCAAGUUUGGGGAGCUGGUGGCAGAGGAGGCACGACGGAAAGGGGAGCUGCGCUACAUGCACUCUCGCGUGGUGGCCAACUCGGAGGAGAUCGCCUUCUAUGGGGGCCAUGAGGUGGAGCUGGCCCUGCUGCAGCACUCCUACCAGGACCUGGCUUCGCAGAUCAACCUCAUCCUGCUGGAACGCCUGUGGUACGUCAUGCUGGAGCAGUUCCUCAUGAAGUAUGUGUGGAGUGCCUCGGGCCUGCUCAUGGUGGCCGUCCCCAUCAUCACUGCCACCGGGUAUUCAGAGUCAGACUCAGAGGCCAUGAAGAAGGCAGUCUUGGAGAAGAGGGACGAGGAGCUGGUAAGCGAGCGCACAGAAGCCUUCACCAUCGCCCGCAACCUCCUCACAGCGGCAGCAGACGCCAUUGAGCGGAUCAUGUCGUCCUAUAAGGAGGUGACAGAGCUGGCUGGUUACACGGCCCGGGUUCACGAGAUGUUCCAGGUAUUUGAAGAUGUCCAGCACUGUCGUUUCAAGAGACCCGGGGAGCCAGAGGUUGCUCAGGUGGGGUCCAGGGCCAUGGUACGGUCUGGUGUCCGCGUGGAGGGGCCCCUGAAGAUCCGAGGCCAGGUGGUGGAUGUGGAGCAGGGGAUCAUCUGUGAGAACAUCCCUGUUGUCACGCCUGCAGGAGAGGUGGUGGUGGCCAGCCUGAACAUCAGGGUGGAGGAAGGCAUGCACCUGCUCAUCACGGGCCCCAACGGCUGCGGCAAGAGCUCCCUGUUCCGGAUCCUCGGCGGGCUGUGGCCCACGUACGGCGGCGUGCUCUACAAGCCCCCGCCGCAGCGCAUGUUCUACAUCCCUCAGAGGCCCUACAUGCCCGUGGGCUCCUUGCGCGACCAGGUGAUCUACCCGGACUCCGUGGCAGACAUGCGAAGGAAAGGCUACUCGGAGCACCACCUGGAAGCCAUCCUGGACAUUGUGCACCUCCACCACAUCCUGCAGCGGGAGGGAGGUUGGGAGGCUGUGUGUGACUGGAAGGACGUCCUGUCGGGGGGCGAGAAGCAGAGAAUCGGCAUGGCCCGCAUGUUCUACCACAGGCCCAAGUACGCUCUCUUGGAUGAGUGUACCAGCGCCGUGAGCAUCGACGUGGAAGGCAAGAUCUUCCAGGCGGCCAAGGACGCAGGCAUCGCCCUGCUUUCCAUCACGCACCGGCCCUCCUUGUGGAAGUACCACACUCACUUGCUGCAGUUCGAUGGGGAGGGAGGCUGGAAGUUCGAGAAGCUGGACUCAGCCACCCGCCUGAGCCUGACCGAGGAGAAGCAGCGGCUGGAGCAGCAGCUGGCGGGCAUCCCCAAGAUGCAGCGGCGCCUGCAGGAGCUCCGCCAGAUCCUGGGCGAGGCAGUGGCCCCCGGGCAGCCACCCAGCGUCCUCCAGGGCACCGCCACCUGACAGACGGCCCUGGCCCCUGGCCCCCACUCCUCCCCAAGCUGUCAGAUCACAUGAAGGAAGCAGCAGCCCCCACCCACCCUAGGCCUGCCCUGCACGCCCUUUCCGCGCCCCCAGCCUGCCCUGCCUAGAAGAUGCCAGCCAGCGUGGGUGGCGCCCUAGGGGCUGCUGCACCAGAACUGUGCCCUGUUCAGGGCCAUGAGUCCUUUACUUUUCUCUGGGGAGGGAGCAUGGGGCUGGGGCAGCCCCAGGUCCUGAUCCUGCACAGGGCAGUUGAGCCGCAGGGAGUGAGCAGACCCUGGCACUUGUGGGUCACCCCUUCCUGAGACUCAACUCCCCGUUAUUCCCUCUCUUCAAUCCCUCGAAGACCCCAUGGUCCAUCCCUCUGUUGCCACCCCUGAGGGCACAUCCACGGGGCACCCUUCCUGCCGCAGAAGCAGCCAGAGGCCCCUGGUCUGCGCCCUCUUCUCCCCGCAGUAGCCCCGAAGAGCCCGGGGAGAAAGCAGCUCACAUUUCACGUAUACACAGUGUAGUCCUGCCCCCGGCCCCCAGCCUCUCUCCCUCCACCACCUAAUUUAUUGGAUGCCCCGUUAGUAGCAUCUAGGUGCCAGCGUGAGCGUCCUGCCAGCAGGGGAAGUGGCCCGGCUCUGAACCCAGGGCGCUGGCUCCCCUGCUGCCAACCCCACUCCCCCCCCCUGCCGCCUGUCACCUGCCAGCCUACACUGCCAGCCGGGAGUGAGGGCACCGUGUUCCCAGCUCAGUGCCAAAGAGGGGACAGCAGGGGCAGCUGUCUCUGCAAAGCCAGCCCUCGUCGAGAGGGACACCCCACCGCCGCCAUGUGCCUUUCCCGGGCCCUUGGCCCCCGGGCCGGGCGCCUCCCUCAGUCCCUCAGUAAAAAGCUCCCGUGGAAAAUGCA